UGGAAGACGGAAGUGUGGCUUUAGCCUAGCGCGAAUUUUCUUCAGAAGGUCUUAAGUUUGUCUUGAUAAUCAACCUCUUCUUAGCCGUUCACAGUGAGUGGAAGAGCCAAGCAGUGCUAAAAUACAAUCGACGUUACAUGCAGAGCACAGAGUCAGCUGCCGUGUCAGAUCUUUAAAGACAAGAAAUGGCGCAUGGCGGAGAUCUAAUGGACGGGGAUCUGGAAGAUGGAGAGCUCUCCGGGUCUAACUCGGAAUCUGAGAUGGGAACCGCCGCCGCAGCACAAGCUCGACCCCAGGUUCCUACAGCUUUUAGCGGCCAGUCCUUUCACCGCAGAGCCGCUGCCCAGCAGUCUUCCGCCGCCUAUCGCAGCACUGGUAGGACGGUGGAGUCCAGCGACAGUGACCUGGACUCGUCGGACGAGGAGGCGGCUGUUUGGCGCAAGAAACGCCAGAAAGUAUUCGACGCUCCCCAGCCACCUGCCUGCACCACCCGGGCAGAGCCGACUCGCAUGCCCGUCCCCGGCGCGACGGGAGGCCGCAAAGUAAACAACAUUUGGGGCUCUGUGGUCCAAGAGCAGUGCCAGGAUGCCGUAGCUGCAGAGCUGGGCAUAUUUGGCAUGGAUGGUGAAGUCAGCAUGUCCAGCAGAAAUGUGGAGACUUACAACUUUGUCCUGGCCCGUAAGAUAAUGGAGAAGGAGAGGGAGCUGGAGAAUCUGAGCAAAAAUGAGGGAGAAGUGAACAUGCUGGACGCCCAGCUGGAGGAGUACAUGAACGACCGGAACUCACAGGAGGGGUCAGGAGGUGAUGCGAAGAGGAAGAGGCCAGCUAAAGACAGACUGGGCCCCAGGGCCGAGAUGGACAUCAAGGGCCGGUAUGAGAUCACAGAGGAUGACCCUGAGGAUAAGGUGACCGAUGAGAUCGCGCACAGGCUGCGAGAGCCUAAAAAAGACCUGAUAGAGCGCGUUGUCACAGUCAUCGGUAAGAAAAAAGCCAUAGAACUGCUCGGAGAGACCGCCACGCUGGAGGAAAGCGGCGGCGUGUACACCAUAGACGGCAGCAGGCGACGGACGCCCGGUGGGGUGUAUCUCAACCUGCUGAAGAACACGCCCAGCAUUAGCAAGGCCCAGGUCAGGAAGAUAUUCUUUGAGGAGCAACAGAAAGAUUUCAAGACCAAGAAGGCCGCCCAGAAGAGGAGGCGCCACAUGGUUGCCAAGAAGAUGAAGCAGGCCAUCGGCACGCUGAACCUUCAGGAGCACGACGACGUCUCCAGGGAGACCUUCGCCAGUGAUACCAACGAGGCCUUGGAGUCAUUGGAGGAGCCUGCAGAAGAGGAAGAGGAGGGUCAGGAGGAAGCUGCUGUGGGCAUUGAAGAGACACCUGUGGUGUACAACUCUGCGGACCUGGAAGUCUUCUGAGCUCUGAGCCUGCCGUCUGAACUCUGGGAGGUUUGAACAAGGACAUUUAGGAUUCAAAUUAGAACACGACACUGAAAGCACUGUACUGUCUCCAUGGAGUACAGAAUCUCACCCGAGUGUCCUUUUUUUGUUUCGUCUUUUAACUAAGCAAUAAAAGGAGAGCUUAUGUUAGCAGAAAUAUUGGUUUUGUUUGGUUCAGCAUGGGUAUGUAGAUUUCGGGCACACAGAAUGAAAAGUCUGCAAGUUGGUGUGAUUUGUGAUACAAAUGUUUGCCUUUUAAAUCAAAUUCUUAAUUGUCAAAAGCUUACCUGAGUUGGAGUAACAGUGAUGCACUCUUGUUUAUUUUGAAAUAUAGUAACUUUCUUUUUUUAUAAUUUCUAUUAGGAUAUAAUGACAUCUUGAUUUAUUAAAUUAACUUGUGUGACUGGAAUAUAAAUAAAGGUGACUUGGGUAAAGUCACUUAAAACAGUAA